AUCACAGGGUUAUUUUUAAACCAGGGGUUACAGGACACCAUUUCUUAUUGUGUUUCCAGUUAGGUUUACUGUGUUACGGUGAUUAAACAAGAAAAUGUUGCUUUUAUUUUUUGGGAUUCCACGAUUUUUACUGGCUUGGACAGCGAAUUCCAGGAGUUUACCCUAUUUUUGGCAAUUAUAAACCCGUGCCUUUGCAAAUCAUCUGUUAUAUCCCGUCGUCUUUGAAGAUACAGAAAUGUAAAAUGUUUAACGUGAGGCAUCGAACUUUAAUAUGGGAGGGUCAAGUUCAUUCGUUUCGCUUAAGCUAUCUAAGAGUCAGUCCGUAUUUAUCAUUUCACGUUAACCCCAUUUAGUAGAAGCGUCAAGAGAAUGGCAAAAGUUUUAACAUUUCAACAAAUAUAUAUUUUUCUUACAACAAAUAUAUAUCUUUCUUCUCCAAAUUAUUUUUACUUAUAGAUUCACAUGUGGCUAAGUGGAGGCAGGGUUGGAGCGACCGUUUGAACUACAGUGUACACACUAAUGAAUAGAGUGUAAAGGCUGAGUAGAUGCUGUGAAUAUGGACACUUUGUGGUUCUAUAGUAACGGAUAACAUUUCUCUCUUAUACACACAUGUUUGCUCCAGAAAGUCAGCCAUGUGGGUUCGCUUCAGCACCAUAUUUUGUCAACAGAUGGAAGAGAAUGUGGAAUAAGCCAACGCUACUGACGGUUUCAUCGGCUGUUAGAAAGGGCCAUGGACACAACACUGGUUGCGACGGUGAAGUCUGAUCAUUAUUCGUGAGUCGUCAGAAAAUCAGAGCAGGGGUCGUCGUUUAUGUUGUUGUGGCUAAAAUGACCCAUCUGCAAUCCGGGCUCAGCGCUGAAAUCAUCGAGAAAUCUCGGCUGGAGCUGAAUGAGAAUCCAGACGCCUUACACCAGGACAUCCAGCAGGUCAGAGACAUGAUCAUCACCCGCCCUGAUAUCGGCUUCCUCCGCACGGACGAUGCCUUCAUCCUGCGCUUUCUGAGAGCCAGGAAGUUUAACCACUUCGAGGCCUUCAGACUGCUUGCUCAGUAUUUCCAGUAUCGGCAACAAAACCUGGACAUGUUCAAAAACUUCAAAGCCGACGACCCUGGCAUCAAACGGGCUCUGAUGGAUGGCUUUCCAGGAGUCCUUCAACAGCCAGAUCACUAUGGUAGGAAGAUUCUGGCACUCUUCGCUGCCAACUGGGACCAGAGUAGGAAUACCUUUGUGGACAUUCUCCGAGCUAUUCUUCUGUCCCUGGAAAUCCUUAUUGAAGACCCAGAGUUACAGAUAAAUGGAUUUAUGCUAAUUAUAGACUGGAGUAAUUUCACAUUUAAACAAGCCUCCAAACUGACUCCCACCAUACUGAGACUAGCCAUAGAGGGUUUGCAGGACAGCUUCCCUGCACGCUUUGGAGGCAUCCAUUUUGUGAACCAGCCUUGGUAUAUCCACGCUUUAUACACGAUAAUAAAGCCAUUCCUGAAAGACAAGACCAGAAAAAGGAUCUUUCUCCAUGGCAACAACCUCAACAGUCUGCACCAGCUAAUCCAUCCAGAAUAUCUGCCAUCUGAGUUUGGAGGCACUUUACCCCCAUAUGAUAUGGGAACCUGGGCCCGGACACUGCUUGGUCCGGAGUACAAUGAUGAUACUGAAUAUCCCUACAAUUCCUACAAUUCAAUGCACGUGAAAGAUAUGCUGGAUAAUCGUGAUAGCAGCUGUUCUCCCAAGCAUAUGAAGAGGUCGCAGUCAGUGGUAGAACCAGGUGCCCUGAAGCACGAAGACAGAGAUGAUGAUAACACUCAGCCAUUACUGGCUCUGGACUGAACUAAAGGCAUUUCCUAAGUCACACAAUGGGAACUCCAGAGCUGGAACUCAGUGGUGCAAACAUUAAUGGAGCACUUGCUUAAAUCAAGUCACAUUCAGCUAUGUGAUUUUUUUUUUCAUUUUUCUUAAAAAGGCAAAAUUCAGAAAUCACCAGUCAUCCAUCAGCUAUCUCGUCAGAACAUCCAGGCGUUGAUUAAAGAAUGAGAAAUCAUUUAAAAUAAUAUACCUAAAGGAUUUUGUAUCUGUUGUAAGUGACCUGACAGUAGCCAUGACAGCAGAUUAGUAUUUUGCCUAAAGAAGAGAUAAGGCAAAUUUUCAUUCAUGCAGAACUGUUUAGGUCUUGAUGACAGGCACAUAAUAUUCAGAUAUAUUUGUGCCUUUGAGUGGUAGCUGAAAGAGGAUUUGUUUUUAUAUUUCGAUAUCAGAAUGAAAAACUCAAAAACAAAUAAGUUAUGAAUAGAAGGGAGGAUGAAAAAACAUUUAUUAAAGUGCCAAAGAUCCAUAUAUCCAUUUGAUUUACUGGAUGAAUGUUCAAUAUUCAUCAGUGCAUUUUAUUUAAAUUCAGUAAAUGAAGCUAAUGUUGCCAACCACAAAACUGUUUAUUUGAUUGAGCAAAUAAAGAAGAAUUACUCAA